UGCUGCUUUGUACACACACGCAUACACAUUAUAUGUAUACACUUCGUAAAAACCGUUGGGAAUAAAGCCUUCUUAAUAAGUCAUUUUUUAAAAGGGAAAGAAGAGGAGGGAAAAUAUUUCAAGUUCGACUUGAGUUUUACUUUUAAAGACACGGAUUUAUUUUGUGUGUGUGUGUGUGUGUGUGUGUGUUUUGUAUAAGGGGGUGGUGGAGGUGGUGGUGCUAGUGGUAAAUGUGGUGGCUUUUCCAGUCCUAAUGGAUUUAGCAGCCUGCUGACUCUUGAUGGGUGUGUGAAAACUCCAAGGAUUAUCCUGAAAGGAUUUACUACUUUGAAGUUAUCCCUGGCUGAUUUUUUUUCUCUUGUUGCUCGGGGAAGAAAAGGGCCAGGCUAAAGGGUGAAAAAAAAUCUGUUUCAGAAAAAAAAAAUUCUUGACGAUUUGCGCCUUAACCUUCUCCGCCGUCUGCGCGAGGGACAGCAGCCAAUGCAGGCAUCACUGGACAUGACUUUUACAAAUAUGACAGAUCGCCUCAGAUUGCUGCCUCGAGGGUGGACACUUCGUGACUUUUACUAGACUAAUGAAAUAGAUGGCUGAAGUACCCCAUUGAGUUGAAAGCGUGAAAAAUCUCACUAAUAGGUUUAUUUGCUGUCAGAUACGUGCAGAUCCACUGCCUUGGACCACUUCACUUUGCAUAUUUCAUAGUUGAGUAAGUCGGCUUUUCAAACCUCUGCUGGAGUUUCAAGAGGAGAAAUCUUUUGCUUAUAGUCGUGCUGGAGGCGAAUUUUGCAGAGAUUUUUUUUUCACUGCAUUUUAAAAACAGUCCUUCCCGCCACUCCUUGCCAAAACGUACUAAUUAUAAAAACAAACUGCGGAGCCAUCUCUACAUGUAUAUCAUUUUCAUGAAUAUUGAUGGUCAUUAUAUAUUCUCGUCUGGAUCUGAACUGAGAUUUAUUCAAAAUAUCAAAUUGGACUGCAUUCCAGGAUGAAAAGCUGGAGACUUGCUUUUGUCGCCGCCGUCCUCUCGCUACAGGUUGCUUUUUAUCAGGAGGUGAAUGCCAAGAAGGAAAGAAAGAAGCUUAAAGAGGCAAACCAGCACACCGAGCCUUACAAUGCCACCGUUUCGAACAGUGAGGAGCUUCCUGAUGUUCGAGAUCACCCAGUUGAUCCUCGUGGCUCCUGGUUUGAAUUCAUAAAGCCACGCGAUGAUAAACCGAAAAAGAAAUGUAAUAGAAAGGAGAAGAAGUCUUUACCUGGACCUGCUGGCCCUCCUGGUCCUCCUGGACCUCCGGGACCCCCAGGAGCUGAAGUGACCCAGGAAGCUCUUUUAAAAGAGUUCAAAGAGUUGAUCCGAGAAGCUACAGAGAGAAGAGCAGAAGCGGCAGUCAACCGGCAGUCAAACUUCAAUUUCACUCUGCCAUCUCCUCCUGUAACUCUUCCUGAGAGUUUUGCCCCCUACAGGAGAGUGGAGCAAGCAUUUCACAGCAAACUCAAAGGACCCAUAACUGUAGACAAGAAGACUCUUGUGGAGCUUCACAACUUUCAAACACCAUCUACAAAGGGUGCAUUUCAGAGGGGAACUGGAAUGAACUUAUUAACUGGUCGUUUCACAGCACCUCUGUCUGGAAUCUAUCAGUUCUCAGCAAAUAUUCACAUCGACCACAGUGAAUUAAAAUCCAAGGGCCAACUACGAGCAAGAGACAACGUCAGAGUGCUGAUAUGCAUUGAGUCCCUUUGCCAUGGAUACACGUCAUUAGAAAUGAUUGUUGGACUGGAGAGCAACAGUAAAAUAUUCACAGUGUUCGUUCACGGUCUACUGGAGCUUCAGGUUGGACAAUACACCUCUGUAUUUGUGGACAAUGGAUCUGGAGCCCCCAUAACAGUACAGAAUGGUUCUGACUUCACAGGCUUGUUCCUGGGUGCAUAACUCUAACCGUUUAUAUAAAUGAACAUUUAUUACUCUGCCAGGAUGGAAAGAGUGAUUAUCAUCAAUACAAUAAAUGAUGAUGGUGAGGAGGUAUAAGAGGCAAAGCUGGAUUCUAUUUAGGUUCCUGCUAAAGAGUAAGGUCAUUAAAACAUUGAAGCAUAUGAAAAGCCUUUUAGUCUCUUUACAACUCAUUUGCCAUCUGGCGACACCUGUACCAGUGUGUUGGUGUAGGGAUUGCUUUACAGGCUUUUACUAGUGCCAUCUUAUGAGCAGACCCAUCAGAGACUGCUAGUGCUCCUGUUCCUUGCAUCCCUUCCAUUUCUAGAGUGUGUCUCAAUUGGGUUUUCUUGUCCAAUUAGCUGAAACCCUUCACUACUCCCACUUUUUAAAGAGGGCUUUUCUGUAAAAUGUGUCUGUGUUCUCUAGAUGAUUCCUUGAGGUUUGAAGACACCUUGUAUUUCUUAGUUGUGAUGUUUAUUGUGCCCAUGAGUCAUAAACCUAAAUGAAAGAUGGACUUUUACAGUGGAUUCAGAAAAUAUUCAGACCCCUUUCACUUUUACACAUUUUGCUAUGUUGCAGGCCAGUACUAAAAUCAUAUAAAUUCAUUCUUCCCCACAUCAAGCAGCAUGCAAUACCCCAGAGUUACAAAUGAAAGCAGUAUUUAAUUUUUUUUUUUUGCAAAUUUAUUAAAAAUAAAAAAGUGAAAUAUCAUGUUGGGCACUUGCUCCCUGGGAUUGUGUUCUUUAUUUAAUGCAGAACAGA